CCAGUGAUAAAAAUAUCAGGAAUCUAAAGUAUAAUUUAAUGGGGGCAAUUCCGUGAGUUGCUAAAUGAUCCAACAUUGGUUGGUCCCUAAACAAAGUGUUCUGCAAUUUCGAUUGGGAUAUUGCCUUCGAAAAAGAUGUGUUACACACUCUCCACUUCGGUCUUGGACCACUGCCCGCUGCUUCUAUCGAACCAGAGCAGCCCCAGACGCCCUAGAACCUUCAUUCAGGUUCAAGAAUUUUUGGACCCGAAUUCCAAGGUUCAUGGAAGUUGUCACCUCUGCUUGGAAUCUGCCCUCGAUUCACUAAGAUCCUUUUCGCAUCCUUAACCAAAAGUUCAGGAACAUGGCAAAGGAACUUCGAGAAUGGAGUAAAAGCAUUUUAGCAGACACUAAGAUGUAGCUUUUCAUGGCCCUAGACGUUAUCCUUCGUCUGGACACCGUCCCGGAAAACAUAAUGCUUUCGGUCUAAGAACAUUGGCUUGGUGUGAAACUACAGAAAAGAAUAAUAGGUCUUGCAGUUAUCGAGAUGACCCAAAAAAAGGCUGGCGUAGUGGAUAGCUUACCUAAAGGAAGGGGAUACCAAUAACAGUUUUUUUUUUCUGCCGAAAGAUUGCUACGAGAAGAAGAAAGGACGUCAUCCAAAGGUCGCAAAAGAAUCAAGGUUGGGAGUGGUUGUCGGCAAGGCCGGCGGUGAGGAAGGUGGCUGCUCUCAUGCCCACGGUUGGGCCAAAGCCGUCUUCUGGUUAACCUAUGCUAUCAAGUCAUUUGUAUGCUAGCUAGUGACGGAGCUUAAGCUCGACCAACCUGGGCCAUAGCCUCUCCAAUGUUUUGGCCCAAAACAAAUUAGCACCUAAGUAUGCAGCCUAUGCUGGUAUACAUAGUACUCUAUUUUAGAGCUAUUUUUAUUAUGAUCUAUUAAUCUUAUUUGAAUAUAUAUUUUGAAUCUAAGUAUAGGAAUUGUCAAUAUACUGCUCUUUAAUGGGUAUAAAUUGCACCGUAUGUUAGUAUUAUGGUUUAUCACUUGAAUAUUUUUGAAUUUGCUUUGGUUUUUUGGCCCCUCCUGAAAUUUUGGUCAAGCUCCGUCGCUGAUGCUAGCAAAUGCAAAAACAAGAAAUGGAAAACAUAAAACACGGGAUUGAUCACUGGUCACAAUGCUGAUGGUCUGAGAUUGUCUUGCUUUGUCAUUAGUUGAAAUAACAAAAUCAAGUAAGUAAACACUAUUAAACGGCUAAUACCAAGCAGGCAUGUCACUUAGUAGCUAGCUAACCAGACACUUGUUUGGCCUCUCCAUGUUUCAUGCAAACCUCUCAUGGUUUCAUCGGAUCUCUUGUCUAUACAAAUCCAUGCAUAUAUGCCUCAUGCUUCCGAUUGUCACAAAAGCAAAAUUAAUCAAAGCAAAUAUAAGAAUAAGGAUGAAGGCUUCUUUCUUCUCUCCUUUUGCCGUCGCUGUGGUGGUGCUCGCCGUCGUGGUGGCCUCCGGCUUGCGCGCGGCGGAGGCGACGAUCGAGAGCACGUGCCACGCGGCGGCGGCGCGCGACCGGCGCGUGGACGUCCGGUUCUGCGCGCGGCAGUUCGCAGCGUACCACGGCGCGGCGGAGGCGGACGCGUGGGGGCUGGCCAAGACCGCCGCGCUCAUCGGCGUCAACCUCAGCGACGACGCCGCGUACGAUAUCGGCAACGGCAAGAUCCGGCCCCCGCCGGCCGGCGGCGCCAGGGCGAAGGGUGCCAUGGCGGAGUGCGCCACGGCGUACGACGCCGUCGGCCUGGCCUUCGCGGAGGCCUCUGACGAGCUCGGCUCGCGGCGGUACGCGGCAGCGAGGGAGAAGCUGGCGCGCGUGGCCGCGCUCUCGCAGCGGUGCGACGGCGGGCUAGCGAGGGCCGGCAUCGGGACGCCGCCGGCGCUGGCCAGGUACAGCGCCGACUGCCAGCAGAUGGCCGUCAUCGGCGUCGCCAUUACCAACCUCAUCAAGUGAUCCGUCCAUCCGGCAUACGCCGGUCGA